AUGGUGUCAUCGACUCUGCGCCAGACGGUGCGCGCGACCGUGAACUCCCUUGCGCAGGCAUCCUCUGAAGCCACCAAGGUCGCUCGCAAUCUGCCGACCACAUAUUCCAAUUAUGUCGCUUCUAAUUCUUCAUCUGUGUCCUCCAUAGAGAACAGCCUCCGUUCUUUGACAUAUUUGCUCCCUGGCGCUCGCCUCUCCGACACAGAGGUUGCCUCUGAAUCUGUUCACACCUUUGUCCAGCUAUUGUCGAUCUAUCAUGAUUACCUCCUCAAGAAUCGAAACACACUCCUCGCUUUGUCACCCACUGUCCUGAAGGCUCAGAAUCUGAAGAUUCAAAAACCAAAACCUUCCCUGCACGCUCGUUACACUAGCUUCUGGACGGCUUCUUCCUCACUCUACAUCAAGAUCGCAACUCUGCUCAAGGUCGCGCAAUACACAGAACUCUUAUGGGAGAUGAUCGCACGCCGAAGGGGGGGCGAGAGGAUGAGAUGGCGUGUUGUCAUUAUGCUUGAGACGUUCAAGGCCAUCUGUCGAUUUCUGUUGAUGAAACUCACCCACUCUAGACCGCUCGUACAUUCACCGCUUCCGCUGCGAGAGGACUUCGCCCCUAUCGAGAAAGAGGACGAUGACCAAGAGUUCUCAGAACAGGAGCUGAGGAUGGCUGAUGACCCUGAAUUCGAUAUCAAGGAUGCGCUGGGUGAGGCUGGUGUUCCCACACCACCACUCUCGGACUCCGGGAAGCCUUCGUCUCUAUCAACGACUGAAGCCUUUAACAUGCCGAGGACAGGAUACACCUUGCCAACUUUGCCAACCCCAGAGAGCGUCUCUACAUAUUUGUUAAAUCACGUUCUGACAGCGGAUGACGUCAAGCCCGCCAAACAACUUCUUCACCAACUCACCACACUGGGAGGCCAGGCUGCGGAACUAUUGUAUAUUGUACGACCUGUCAUAUACGCCUUGCUUAUGCAGCGCGUCGCUCGGUCCUACGGUUACGAAGGGACGAAGUGGAAACGCCACUGGACUCCCUGGCUCGUUGGUGCUUCGAUUGAAUACUUUGCUCGACAGUUAGCCAAGCGGGAUCUGGCAACUCGCGUGCCGGGCGGUGCUAGAAAUGGACUAUCAGCAUUGGAGCGCGAUGAGCUCAAAAAGCGAGGCUGGAGUCUUGCUUGGUGGGGCAUGCGAGGUGCUUUCUACGAAAAUAUCACCAAACCCUGGAUUCAUGGUGCGGCCAAUGCCUUGAAAGGCAAGCCAAUUCUCUCUCUGGCUGGUGGCGUAAUUGAGGACUAUGAAUUCUUGUGGGGCAAUUAUUAUUUCAGUACAUCGACCAUGUAA